GAAACAGAAGUUAGAGUGCGUGUCUUACUCGUGGUGUUCAGUAGUGUUCUGGAAGUAAGAUCCAGACACUGGAGCUCCUCCGCGGAGCCCACUACCACUAUGGAGCCCUGGGCGGGCAGGGCGCAGAGCUGGGCCGGCCGCAACCCCUCCAGCUGAAAGGACACCUCGUUUCGGAUCUCCAUCGAUCUCGUGGAAGAGAAUUUUACCGUUAACCCCUUGUUUGCGGGAUCGAGUGAGGAAAGGGUUAAACAAAAAACAGCAUGGCUCACAGUCAACGUCAGAAGAAGAGAAGUUCUCAGUUCAAGAAGAAACAUUUCGAGGCCAAGGGACGGACUCAGAGCGAAGGAGGAGGGAAGAAGGAAGAGCACUCAGAGAGCUCAGCCCUGCAGAACAAGGCACCACAGCAGCAGGGUGGGGCGAGAAGAGAGGAAAAGAGAGAUGGGAGUCCUGUCUCUGGUCUGGCAGUGGAGAAGGCUGCUGACCACCAUGUUCAGGGAGACAGCAGGUCUGAAGAUUCAAGGAAGUAUUCACGUAGAAAGCUGGCAAGCAACUGGGACAGAUACGAUCGCAGUGAUGAGGAGGUGUCGACCUUCUCUCCAGAGACAGAGGAGCAGCUGCAGCAGAGGCUGGUUCAGCUGCUAGAUCUUCCCCUUGCUCCCCAGAACACCCACUGGGGGACAGAGGAGGGAAAGGACACCCACUGGGGGACAGAGAUAGAGGGAGAGAGGGGAUUUCUCUCUCUGGGCGUGGCGGAAUUUGCAGAGAGUCUGAGUGACCUGCCAGUACAUGUGAGACUUGACCUCUCACCUCAGUUACUGGAGCAGUAUGGAGUGAAUGAGACAGAUCUUGAGGUGGGUGGGGCCUCAUUCGAGCAGACUCCACCCCCUCGUGACCUUGUCCCUGGGGGUCAAGACGUAGUAAAAUCUCUCCUCUCCAGAGCCAAAGACACUGCGAAACAAUCAUUUGAUUUCAGAACACCUGAAAAGACUAUUGUUGGUAGGCAGCAGCCGUCGCUGGGGACUGAGGCUCAGCAAACCUGUGCCGACGUACGAUCUGAUUCUGGUUUGGACUCUCUCCUGCUCUCUAGCUCUCGGCAAAGACCACACCCACUUCCUCCUGGUCUGGACUCUCUUCCUCCACAUUUCUCUACAGAUUCUCUUUCUCCUCCUGCUGGCGUGAAAUCACACCCACGUAAUGAUUCCUCUGGUGCCACACUGCCUCCACCUAGUCCUAUAUCAUCAUCAUCGCCUACCCCUCCUUCUCUGGUGCCUGCUAUUGAACCUUCUCUAAUCCCAACUAAAGACGAAUUGGACGACAUUUUAGAUGAUCUUUUGUCAUAAUGACAUCAUGAAUGAAAAGCACUAAAGUGCAAACCCUCGGCACACUAUAUAGUGGUAGUAUAGCACCACCACAAUUGAUGGUCUUGACCAUAGAACAGCAUGUUAUGCACUAUUUCCAUGGAUUAUUUUCAAUAGGUUGAAAAAAAUGGCCAGCCCAUUUCUGUUUGAGGCCAAAAAAUUAUAUAAGGUAGAAAAAUUGCCAACCUUUCAUCUCUCUAUUAAUUUUCGUAUUACCUGUGGAUUGUUUAGUGCAAAAAAAAA